UUCCAUAGAGGGCAAUUUUGCAGACGGAGGGAAAAAGAGCCCGUGCUGUGCCUGUUGGACUCUCGGGGUUUUGUGUCAUGAUACAAAAUCGAAAUGGGUUUUCGCUUAAAUCAGCCAUCCACCAAAAAUUCACCGAAGAAGUUUUCCUAGAAAAUCAUGCCCUUUCCUCGGUUCAUUUUCUUCUCGUCCAAACAACGCUCACAGGAGGCUCUCAAUCUAAUUCGGAGGUCUGGCUUCUCUAAGAAAAUUCAGUCACGUAAUUAUGCCAAGUCAUCGAACCAUGCUAAUGGGAAGACAGAUAUUAGACCUCCUAUGAAUGUAGAAACACCACCGGCUUCUCGCUCAUGGGGCACCUAUGUUAUUCCGGUUGCUGGUAUACUAGGAUUUGCUGGUAUCGCAACUUUCAUUCGCUAUAACGAUGAGAGGAGAGUAACUUUGAAAGGCCAGGGUAACAACCAGUGCAGGAACAAUGUCAGGGGCCCGAUAAUCGGUGGUCCAUUCACUUUAGUAGACACAGAGAAUCACACGGUCACUGAACGGAAUCUAUUAGGAAACUGGGUUCUUCUCUACUUUGGAUAUACUUCUUCUCCUGAUGUUGGACCAGAGCAAAUCCAGAUGAUGGCCAAGACCAUAAACAUAUUAGAGUCGAGAUAUAAUUUGAAGGGUCUACCGGUAUUUGUUACACUUGAUCCAGAACGUGACAACCCUUCUCAUCUUCGUGCCUACCUCAAAGAGUUUGAUUCAAGGAUUGUGGGGUUAACUGGACCUGUAUCAGCUAUAAGGCAGAUAGCUCAGGAAUACCGUGCUUAUUUUAAGAAGGUUGAAGAAGACGGAGAUGACUAUCUCGUUGAGUCUUCCCACAACAUGUAUUUGAUGAACCCAAACAUGGAAGUCGUGAGAUGCUUUGGUGUAGAGUACAAUGCAGAAGAACUGUCAGAAGCAAUAGUAAAGGAACUGAAAAGAACCUCAACUUAAGAGCCGAAAGGUUUUGCAAGGCGUAAUGGAGAUUUUACAUUCCUCCCAUCCUUCAUUCUCUCUCUCUUAGGCAUACAUAUCACAGAAUUUGAUCGCCACUCUUGAUUAGGUAGCAGUUUAGAACUUUCACAGUUUCUUGGUUCAGAAUUUUUUUGUUUUUGUUUUUGUUUUUUAAUGCUACCUCAAAUUCGGUUCAUUUCUUAACUUCAUUGGUUGUAGACAAGAAUAUGUAACUUUCUUUUCUCAAAUUGUUGGGUGAUCGAGUCCUUAUUACUUGCAAUGAUGAGACAUGUUAUAGGCAA